AUCUCUUGUCCAUACUGAAGGCACAGAGGACAGAAGGAAAUGAAGAUGACAAUUUGGAUGCUCUUCAUGUUUACGGUUACACUGGCCACAAAACAGCACCUUAGAUCAUUCCUCAUCGAAGCUGAUCCUUUAGACAUGGCCAAUGAUUCUGUUGAUGAUGCUUACAUGGACUGCGCUGAGAAGAUGUCAGAAUUGGUGAAAAAGCAAUACCUUAAACAGGAGAGGAAUGCUAAUGCAAAUUUUAGUAAAGCCUGGCGUUUCGCAGAGAAAAAGGCCAAAUCAGAAGAUGGUCUUGAGAAAGAGCAUGCAGUUGCUAUAUGGAUCUACACGAGCGAAAAUCCCAAAAUUUAUGCUGAUUUCAACAAGGCUGUCGGCAAUGGCAGCAAAAGCUACAAGAAUGGGAAAUUUCAGUACCACUCCCUUCAUUUUCUACUGACCACAGCCAUUCAGCGUCUCAAAGCAAAGCAAAAACCUGGGAUGAGAACAUACCGGCGAACCAGGGACAGUUAUGACAAUGUUGCCAUAGGGACAACAAUUCGCUUUAACAGAUUUGCCUCAACCUCUCUGGACUACAAGGGAACAGAAAUGUUUGGUGAAAAGACUUGUUUUGAAAUUUAUACCCACUGUGGAGCUGACAUAACAAAGUUCUCUGCACUUAAAAGAGAAAAAGAGGUUCUGAUACCACCAUAUGAAAAAUUCAAAGUGACAUCUGUUCAGAUGAAAAAAAGGAGGCCUGAUCUGUGGUGUGAUGUUGUUUAUACUCUAAAGGGUGACGGUAUCCAAAGCAAUCUGGACUGUGCUUUGUUUCACAAAGUUAACUGA